AUGUCUGCUACAGAGAAAGGAAAAUUUGAAGACAUGGCAAAGGCGGACCAGGCCCAUUUUGAAAGAGAAAUGAAGGCUUCUAUCCCUCCUAAAGGGGAAACAAAAAAGUUCAAGGAUCCCAGUGCACCCAAGAGGCCUCCUUCAGCCUUUUUCUUGUUUUGUUCUGAGUAUCGUCCAAAAAUCAAAGGCAAACAUCCUGGCCUGUCCAUUGGUGAUGUUGCAAAGAAACUGGGAGAGAUGUGGAAUAACACUGCUGCAAAUGACAAGCAGCCCUGUGAGAAGAAGGCUGCUAAGCUGAAGGAAAAGUACGAAAAGGAUAUUGCUGCAUACCGAGCUAAAGGGAAGCCUGACGCAGCAAAAAGGGAGUCAUCAAGGCCGAAAAAAGCAAGAAAAAGAAGGAAGAAGAGAAAGAUGAGGAUGAAGAGGAAGAAGAAGAUGAUGAUGAUGAAUAA